UCUCCACUCCUGUCUCCCACCAUCACACUUCCUUUUUCAGUCUGCCUUUCUUUCUUUCUUUCUCUUCUGCUAGCUCUUUUCCAUGGAGUUUCUGGAGCUUCUCUGCAUUUGCAUUGCCUUCUUCACUCACCUUGCGAGUUCGUCCACAUCUUUGCCUCCUCCAACUUCUGAUGUUGAAAUUCUUCUCCAGAAAAUCAAACCCUCGUUGCAGGGGAGCACACAGAACUUGAUGCUAUCCUCAUGGAACACUUCAAUCCCUCUCUGUCAAUGGAGAGGCCUCAAGUGGGUCUUCACCAAUGGGACUUCAUUGUUCUGCGAUUCCAUCUCUUCCCCGCAGUGGGGCAGUCUCUCGCUCCACGAAGACCCUUCUGUCCACCUCGUCUCUCUCCAACUCCCUUCGGCUAAUCUCUCCGGGAUUCUCCCGAAAGAGAUUUCAGAGCUCACUGCGCUUCGUAGUCUCUACCUUGGAGUGAAUUCCCUCUCUGGGACCAUCCCUCUCGAGCUUGGCUACACCUCUUCUCUCUCUGAAGUUGAGUUGAGUCACAAUUCGUUCGCCGGACCUCUUCCGGUAUCUAUCUGGAAUCUCUGUGAGCGUCUCGUUUUGCUUCAACUUCACGGUAACUCUCUCUCAGGUUCUGUCCCACAGCCCGCUUUGCCCAAUGUUACCUGUAAGAACUUGCAGGUUCUCGAUUUAGGUCAAAAUUCACUCUCCGGGAACUUCCCGGAGUUCGUGACGAUGUUUACCGGGCUAAUAGAGCUUGACCUAGCUAAUAACCACCUUUCGGGCCGAAUCCCUCCCAGCUUAAGCGAGAUGAAGCUUAAUAAGUUGAAUCUCUCCUACAACAACUUCAGUGGGGUUUUGCCUAAUUUCGACCCAAAGAAAUAUGGGUCGGAGGUUUUCGAGAAGAACAGCCCGGAGCUUUGUGGGAAGCCUAUGAAACCAUGUGCUAGGAAUUCCGGAUUGACCCCUGGAAUUACUGCUGGAAUAGUGAUCGGAUUGAUGGCUGGAGCAGUGGUUUUGGUCUCUUUGUUGAUUGGGUAUUUUCAAGGGAAGAAGAAGAGAAGGAAUGUGAAUGAGGAAGAAGAAGAGGAAGAAGAUUUUGAUGAAAAUGGCGGGGAAGGGAAGCUGAUUGUGUUCCAGGGAGGGGAGCAUUUGACAUUGGAGGAUGUUCUGAAUGCAACUGGGCAGGUGAUGGAGAAGGGUAGUUAUGGAACUGUUUAUAAGGCAAAGUUGGCUGAUGGGGGAAACAUUGUGUUGAGGUUAUUGAGAGAAGGGAGUUGUCAGGAUAUGAGUUGUUGUUUUCCAGUGAUUAAGCUGUUGGGGAGGGUUCGCCAUGAGAAUCUGGUUCCUUUAAGAGCUUUCUAUCAGGGGAAGAAAGGGGAGAAGCUUCUCAUUUAUGAUUAUCUGCCUAACAGAACCCUCUUUGCUCAUUUACAUGAAGCAAAGGUGGGGAAGCCAAUGUUGAAUUGGGCAAGGAGGCACAAAAUUGCUCUGUGUAUCGCUAGAGGACUAGAGCACCUUCAUUCUCUAGAACCACCAAUCACACAUGGGAACAUCAGGUCCCAAAAUGUUCUUGUGGAUGACUUUUUCAUAGCCAGGCUCACUGAAGUUGGGCUUGACAAGAUAAUGGUACCAUCCAUAUCAGAACAGAUACUCUCCCUCUCAAAAGCAGACGGUUACAAAGCACCCGAGCUUCAAAAGAUGAAGAACUGCAAUUCGAGAACCGACGUGUACGCCUUUGGGAUACUACUGUUGGAGAUAUUACUAGGGAAAAAGCCGGGAAAGACAGGGGGAAGAAAUGGGGAAUGUGCUGAUUUGCCCUCUUUGGUGAAAGGCGCAGUUUUGGAGGAAAGGACAAUGGAUGUUUUUGAUGUGGAUGUAUUGAAGGGGAUAAGGAGUCCGAUGGAGGAAGGUGUUGUGCAGGCACUGAAGUUGGCCAUGGGGUGUUGUGCUCCUGUGGCCACAGUUAGGCCUACUAUGGAAGAAGUCGUGAGGCAACUUGAAGAGAACAGACCUAGGAACCGGUCUGCUAUGUAUAGUCCUAACGAGACAAGGAGUGAAAGUGGGACUCCUAUAUGACCUGUCUGCAUGUUUCUCAGUUGUUCGAUUACUGAUUCUUUUAAAAGAGAGUCUAGUUGGUGGCUAUAGGAUCAUUUAUAUACAUGUUAUUAAUCAACUUUUCCCUUCUAAAGUAGUAGAGCUAGCAGUAAGCAUGUUGUAUACAUUUGACUCGAAAUUUAGAACCUUUGUUUUUUUGAACUUGUCAAGUUGCAUGUUCUGUGACUGAUACGAUAGUAUAUAGGCUUCCAUUGGUAGCCAGUUUUUGCUCAUUUUGCUUAUUG